GGUCCAGGCGAAGUAUAAAAGUUUUGGAAGGCCGGUCGCCACAGCAUUCAUUCGCUUUUUCCUCAAAGUCAAUUAACCCCAACAAACGCGGAGAAAGUUUUUCAAGCGAGGCGGGAGUGAUCUCAGAAACUACAAUGCUCAGGCUAAGUCUUGGAGCGCUGCUGCUCACAUGCUUGACGUUGGUGCACGCCAGUGGAGAAUGGGAAUCCUCUCACGAUGAGUGGAAAGCUCAACCUAUCAAAUAUAUCAUCAAAGAGAAUCCGAAGCUCAUCACCAUUCCACACCAUGUGCCGGUACCCAAGCCAGUUCACAUUCCCAAGCCGGUACCCGUCAUUAAGCACAUUCCAGUGCCCAAGCCUUACCCUGUGCCACAUGUCGUUCCCGUUGUUAAACAUAUCCACAAAGAAGUCCCUGUUCCCAAGGUGAUCAAUAUCCACAAGGAAGUUCCUGUGCCCAAGCCUUAUCCCGUUCCUAAGGUCAUUCGUGUACCCAAACCUUACGUCGUACCCGUUCAUAAAGAAAUUCCCGUGCCUAAACCAUAUCCAGUUCAUGUUCCUGUUCACAUUCCCAAGCCAUACAUCGUCCCCAUUCACAAACAUGUGCCCAUCCCAGUCCCGAAGCCAGUCCAUGUGCCCAUCGAAGUCAUCAAGGAAAAGUCCGUUGUGAUCAAGAAGCCAGUGCCAGUUUACUUGGAAGAAAAACAACAUCACGGCUGGGACAAGAAAUAAAUGAUGAGAGAAUCAAUAAAAACCGAGGAUGGCCAUCAGCAACAAAGGAAAACCUGGGAGAAUUCCAUCAAAUGAGAGGGGCCAGAAAGGGUGCAAGGGUUUCAACAUCUCGUGGUUACAUGUUUCUCCUCGUAGAUAUUUUAAUUGUUGAAAAAAACAAAAGAAAAAUACACACAAAACAAAAACCAUUGGCUACGAUUAACGGACUAAGGUUGCAUGGAUUGGAUCUUCGGAAUGAAGCACAGCCUGAAGAACGUUACGCUCUUCUAUAGAGAUAUCUGUUUUGAGGCUGUGUUCUUGUACAAUAACUGUACAGUUUACAUUUUUGUUUUUAUUAAAGUCAUUCGCCUAUUUAUAUAUAAAAACAA